AUGCACCUGGCAGGCAUGGAAGAGGUUCCCUUGGGUCCUGCUCAGAGGAGUUACGCUGGGGAAAGCAAGUGGAGACCUGGCACUCGCCCUCAACCAAAAUGGCGCCGACGGCCUCAGUACGUCAAGCGACGUGCCCGCCGGCCUCCUCCCGCGCUUCUUUUAUCCCCGCAGCCAGAAGCCGAGCAGCAGAGCGGAAAGCCUGACUUUGGGGUCCGCGGUGGUUUAGGCAGCGCCAGGGCUGUUGUGUGGCUGCACGGUGGUGCUGCAGGGCGGGAUGCUGUACCCCCGGGAGAGCCCGUCAUGGAAGUGCAAGGAGCUGGACAGCCCCUGGAGCUUCCGCGCCGACUUCUCCGACGACCGGCGCCGGGGCUUCCAGGAGCGGUGGUAGCGGCCGCUGCUGCGUUUGGCCCCACCCUGGACAUGCAGGUUCUCUCCAGCUUCAAGAACAUCUGCCAGGACUCGCGGCUAUGGCAUUUUUGUCAGCUGGGUGUGGCACAAAUGGGAUGUGACCUUGCCAGAGUGGUGGACCCAGGACCUGCAGAGAAGAGUGGUGCUGAGGAUUGGCAGUGCCCACUCCUAUGCCAUUCUGACUUUGACUUCAGCCCGGCGGGACUGCAGCGGUCUGUGCUUCUGUUCACGACACUCACCACCUGCAUUGAUGACAUCACCAUCACCAUCACCACCAGCGUGGAGCAAGACAGUGGCGAGAGCUUCCACGUUACUGCCACCUGCUAUAGGUGACUGAGAAGUGGGCCUAGGGCACCUUCAGACUCAACCCCAAUGAUGAGGACAUCCACACAGCCAGCGAGCACCACCUGAAGGGUCUUGCUCUAUCACCUAGUCUGGAGUGCAGUGGUGGGAUCUCUCCUACCUGCAAACUUUGCCUCCCUGGAUCAAGUGAUUCUCCUACCUCAGCCUCCCAAGUAGCUGGGAUUACAGGUAUGUGUACCACAUGCAGCUAAUUUUUGUAUUUUUUUCAGUAGAGAUGG